AUGGACGCCUUUGCUGCAGAGGAACUUCAAGCGACUUUUGUCCCCAUCGUUGUGUACUGGCUUUACGCUGGUUUAUACACUCUUGCAGAAUCCUCUGAGAGAUACAGGCUGCACACGAGGAAGGAACAGGAAGCCAAGGACUUGGUUAGGAGGAAGGACGUCGUUAUUGGCGUCCUUCUUCAGCAGGCAAUCCAGUCCGUCGUUGCACUCGCUACACUUCGGGUGAGUCCUCAGCAGAUCAUCUAGAUUUGUAGACGAUCUAGUAGAUGAAAUAUUUCACUCAGUUCUUUCCUUUUGAAGAACCCCUGCAUACGCUGUGUUGCAGCUCGCGAAGGAAGACAAUACCGCCGCGGAGAAACCAAAGCGCACCUUCCCCACUGUCAUGACGCAGCUUCUCAUCGCCAUGGUUGUCAUGGACACCUGGCAGUACUUCGUCCACCGGCUUAUGCACAUUAACCGGUUCCUCUAUAAGCACUUCCACUCCAAGCACCACGCUAUCAUCGUACCCUACGCGGUAGGGGCCAUGUAUAACCAUCCCGUCGAAGGCUUCUUCAUGGACACCAUCGGCGGCGCCCUCUCUUUUCUCGUCUCCGGCAUGUCGCCGCUCGCCGGGACCUUCUUCUUCUCCUUUACCAUGAAGACGGUGGACGACCACUGCGGAAUGCGCCUCCCCUGGAACCCCUUGCAAGCCCUUUUCAUGAAUAACAGCGCAUACCAUGACAUCCACCACCAACACUACGGCAGCAAAUUCAACUUCUCCCAGCCCUUCUUCGUCUCAUGGGACAGGAUAAUGAGAACCUACAUGCCCUGCUCUCGGGAGACGAAAAAGAAGAGCCCAUAG